CUACUCACAUGCCAAAAAAGUUUGUGGAUUUUUUUCUAGUCUCUGUUUACCUCACUUCUUCCUCUCUGAUCAUUUCGAUCUUAAAAGAAAGGCUUUGAUUUUCUUUCAGUUGUACAUAUAUAGUCACACGAAGAAGUCGCCCUUACUUGUACGUACGUAACAGCUAAUAUCACAUAUAGCCUUAUGGUUCUAAUUUUAGCUUUCAUAGCACAUGACAAAUUAAAUCUAGUUGGCACUUAGCUUUCAAUUGGAAGCUUCACCUCCUAUAUUACCCCAUGCAUCUUAAUGGAGUAGUAGUUUUAUCGUCCCUAGAAAAAUGGAUACUGUGUAUUCUUGACCCUCGACCUGUUUUUGGCACAAUAGCUUCCUUGGUUUUUGUUCUGCUUUUUGGGUUUCCCAAAAAUUGACCUUUACUUUGUCAUUUCAUAUCUUGAUUUACUUGGGGAGUAUUAGGCAAAUUGUAGCUUGUUGUAUGAGCUAGCUGUGAGAUAGAUAGGUACUUAUUCUAGCAUUUAAAAUGGGAAAGCUCAGCAUUGGGAGGAUUUUAGACAGUUUUGGUGGUUCAUCUGGAUCAUCAGCAUCUUGUCUUUGCGUCAAUAACUUUGGAAGAGAGCAUGAUCAUGAUGACAUAGAAAGUAAGCCACUAAUGAAUGACCAUGUGAUGAGACUCAAGGAUGUUAUUUCAGGGCCUCCAACUCUAGCAUUCCAGUUGAAGCCCAAGACGGUGGUGUUAAGAGUCUCUAUGCACUGCAAUGGCUGCGCAAGGAAAGUUGAGAAACAUAUCUCCAAAAUGGAAGGGGUGACUUCCUAUCAAGUGGAACUGGAAACCAAGAUGGUGGUGGUCAUUGGAGACAUUGUUCCAUGCGAAGUAUUGGAGAGUGUUUCCAAAGUCAAAAAUGCUGAGCUCUGGACCACUCCUUCACUACUAUAAUGUCCUUUUUUUUCUUC